AUGAACCUUAUGAACUUUACGGGAAAGCAGUACGACGUUAUUCGAGGGCAAAUCCUGAGUUAUUUGUGUCAAGGAGACCUUUGGGCUUGUUCCCUUAUCAACAAGACCUGGGGUCAACUUGCAAAGUCAAAACUGUGGUGUCAACCAGAAUUCGGAAAUGAGAGAUCAACCUCGCUACAGGCAUUCCAGCAAUUUCUCAGGACGUUGAAGAAUGUAGGAAGUGAAACCACGUCCCUCAUUCAGGUCAUAGACGUUAGCCAGAUCCAGGAGUCGUUGUACGAAACCCUAGAUGAUAAUUGGUUGACGAUAGUUAUUCAAAAUUGUUCCAACUUACGUUCACUCAUAAUUCGAGACGUACCCUUCUUAACCACAAUGGCGAUUCGCAAACUAAUUACCAAUUGCAAACGAGAUCACAUCAAUCUCCAAUAUUUGAACUUGGAACAUUCAAAGAACGUCACCGAGAAUUUACUUAAAUCAUUUAUACAAAAAUUUCCAGAAUUACUUGCAAUCAAUCUAAAUAGUUGUUCAGGGGUAUCCGAUAGUUCAAUUUCACAAAUUUCUUAUUAUUGUCAAGAUUUAAAUACGAUUGAUAUAUCCAAUUCCCGAUCGAGAGUUACCGAUGUAUCGAUCUAUGCCAUAGCAAAGUUUGGAAAACAAAAGUUGAAGAAUCUUAAUUUUUCAUCGAUGCAAAAAAUCAGUGACAAUAGUAUUAACACUCUGGCUAAUCAUUGCAAGCACCUGGAGGUAGUUAACUUGAGUAAUUGCAGCCAACUGAUUAGUAGCAGUGGGUUGGAAAACUUGUUGAUGGCAAACAAAAAUUCGCUAAAAGAAUUAUGGAUGCAUAAUAUGAAGGGUGUUCCGGUUUUGACCCAGGGUUUAUGGGAGUUGAUUGCGAUAAGAUGCGAGAAGCUCAAAGUGCUUUCGAUCAGUUUUAAUGCUAUUUAUCAUUCUUUUCCUUUCUCGACGCAAGAUAAAUGUUUAAUAUAUUUCUAUUUUUCACGGUUUAAGAGUUUAAAUAAGUUAAUCUUGUACGAUAUCCCUGAACAUGCUUCGGCGAAGUUCAUUUGGUGUUUAAUUGAAUGUUGCGGUAUCGAGAGUGACGACUCGGGUGCCUCAAAAAAUGAUUCAAAUAGAAUCAACGAUAACCUUCGAUUAGAUCUCAACCCGACAGAUCGGAGAAAUGUGUUGAAAGAAGUAUCGAUUUAUAGGGCGGAAUUUGAAAGUGAUUUUAUCUUGGGCGGAUAUGCAAAAUCAAAGACUUCAACGGAAACUUUUGGUAAAGAUGACGAAGAAGUCAACGAGGAUUGGGCAAACAAGUUUAAUGAGCAACAUUUGGACGGCCCAAAGAUCAAGUUGAUACGGUUGGUGGAAUCUGUUGAUAUAUGUUAG